AUGAUCAACAAUAAGGGAAUCCAAUUAUCUAAGGCAAGGACGGCGGGAAAGAGUGUGAAGGUGUUUACCAACACACCCGUAGACUACCGGCAGCUAGUUACCCUGCUAGACUCAAUGAAGAGGCACUUCUUCACCUACCAGCUGAAGGAGGAUAAGUUGGACCAGAGGGUGAUUCGAGGACUUACCAGAGAGAUGUCUACCGAAGACAUCAGAGAAGAUCUAGUGAGCCAAGGGAUCGCAGACGCCGAGGUUCAACAGACAAAGACCAGGAACACCAAGCAGCCACUACCGCUCUUCCUCGUGAAGACGAGGAUGGCGGAAAAGCUGCAGGAGGUCCAGAGGCUGGCCAUGCUCACGGUCAGCUUCGAGAAGAAAAAGAGAUCGACCGAGCCCAGCCAAUGCUACCGCUGCCAGUGGUACGGGCACACGCAGCGAAACUGCCGUCUCGCUGAACGGUGCGUCAAGUGUGGUGAGGACCACAACAGCACCAACUGCAGUCUGCCGACGCCGCCAACAGGGCAACGAAAUGCCAAGUACUGCCUUUGA